AUGGGUGAGGGUGUUUCAACCAGGGCGAGGACUCGCCUCCGUGAAAUAUGGAAGGCUAUGAAAAGGAGGAAAACGCUCGAGUCAUCGAGCCUCGAGACUCCACUUCAUCGGUGCCUCAAUGUGUUCGAUCUGACGCUCUUGGGAUUGGGCAACAUGACUGGUUCAGGUAUUUACGUACUAACUGGGACUGUCAUUCGAGAUCGGUCUGGUCCAUCUGUUUUCCUCUCCUAUCUCAUUGCCGGUUUUACGGCUUUUCUGAAUGCGCUCUGCUACGCCGAACUGGGCUCCCGCAUUCCCAAGGCUGGCUCGGCUUACUCGUACACGUACAUUGCUGGCGGGGAAUUUUUGGCGUUCCUAAUUGGGUGGUCCGUGAUAUUGGAAUACGUCCUGUCGGUGGCGAGUGUGGCCAGAGGCUGGAGUGCCACCAUCGACGCCAUGUUCCAGUCCAAAAUCAGCAAUGGUACCAUGGCUGUAUUCGGAAAGUUUCCCGGCAACGCCGAAUUUCUGGGGCAAUAUCCAGACUUUCUCGGAGCAGGAACAGUGAUUGCUUUUGGUCUGAUUCUCAGCUUUGGUGCAAAGCUUUCUGCCCAUGUCAACUCAGUUAUGACACUCCUGAAUGUUGGUGUUCUUGUCUUGGUCACUAUUCUCAUGUUCGCACUGCCAAAUCCCAUAUUCCACGGUAUUGCACCUGCCUCCCAUGGCGGCUUCUUCCCCUUCGGUGUGGGCGGGAUGAUCGCAGGAGCCGGGACGUGUUUCUACGCCUUCAUCGGCUUCGACGCAAUUACUGUAAGCGGUGAGGAGGCCGUGGAUCCUAAGCGAUCUGUGCCUGUGGCUACCGGGGUCUCCGUGAGUCUCGUCACCACUAUCUUCGUCCUAGCCUCCUCUAGCCUCCUUCUCUUCGUACCUUGGUGGACGGUGGACAGGCAAGCAGCCUUCACUGCAGCCAUGAGAACGCGGCAGAUCACUUGGGCCACUUACGUGGCCGGAAUCGGCUCGCUCUUAGGUAUCGGGGCCAGUCUCUUUACUAGCCUCUAUGCAAUGCCCCGCAUUGUCUAUGCUAUGGCUGCUGAUCGACUACUACCUGAGUGGAUAGGUUAUGUCUUACCUUCCACCAAGGUGCCCAUUGUUGCGAUGGCCAUUUUCGGAGGUCUUGCAGCCAUUCUGACAUUCCUCUGUGACAUUCACACUCUGGCUGAGUUCCUCAGCAUCGGAACAUUAAUUGCCUUCACCAUAGUCUGUAUGAAUGUUUGCAUUCUUCGCUACUGCAACUUCGAGAUGGGCACUGCCAGCGCGUCUACGAUUCAACCGAAGCUGGUGGAUGAUGUGAAGCCAGAAGAGGGUAUGUACGAGAUGAACGGAGCAGAGUUGCUGACACAGCGGUUGGUUGGCUCGAUAAAGCCGGAGUUUCGACGCCUUCUCACUCUUCUACCUCCUUCGCUGCCACCAGGGCGCAUGCCUACCGUUGCACUGGUUGGCUACGUUCUGUGUGCACUUGGUGUGGCAGCGGUGGCACUGGGAGGUUCAGAAUACCUCCUUGCUUGCGCUUGGUGGGCUGUCCUCCUCACUCUUCUCUUUGCUCUCCUUGCCGUUGCUGCUCUCUUUGUUAUGAUCGCCCACGUCCAAAAUACUGCCUUCGACACCUUCAAGGUUGGUAAGUUAUUGCGCCAUAAAAUGCUUAUCACUCACGAUAUACAUAGUCAGUGGAUGGUAACUGCUACUAUUAUUCUCCACUUCAAAUCAGAUUCCCGAAUUCACACUAGCGCAGCGUCCCAAGAAUUCUCUACAGAUGUUAGAAGGCGCAUUGCUUGA